UUCCUUCUUGGCAGAGUUCAGGUUCUUGAAAAGGCUUAUUCUUGUCCAUGGACGAUACUCACACAACCGUACUGCCUUCCUUUCGCAGUAUUCGUUCUACAAGUCAUUGUUAAUUUGCUUUAUUGUACUCUCGUUAAUUUGCUUUAUUCAGAUACUCUUACGUCACAAACAAAAUCACAGGUCCAUAAUUCACCUUCAGAUCUUAUAUGUAAUAUCUUUCUCAUAUUUCAUUCAAGCAUACUGGAUACUAGCUGCUCUUGCCAGCAUUCUCAUAUUGCAUACAUGCAGUUUUUCUUUUGUUUCAGGUAUUGCCGAACCAGUUUAUUCAAUUCAGUUAGUUUGGUGGCUUAUAAUGUCUUCUACGCAAGCAUUCAUGUUCUAACUACUGCUCUGGACAAGGAUUUAUCUGAAAAAGACAGUGGCACAGAACCCAGAAAUUUCACUUUACUGCCAGUCUGGAAGGCUUUUAAUCCAAGUACUUUUCCUGGUUGGUUUGGUCGAUCAUUAUAUGAUGCAAUCUUUGUUUUCUUAAUCACCAUUAAUGCUUAUGCCAAUGAAAAAAGUGAGAUGGAGGUGUUGUCAAUGGUUGCUCUCUCAGGAAGUAUUUGGUUGCAGGCGUCUGUCUGUUGUGACAUUAGAGAUGAAUCCUUUCACUUUUCUGCAGUUUCUGGCAAUAUGGGGAACCUUUGCUGCUUUCUAGUACAUCAGAAAUUUCUGUAUCAAUGCUACCAACUGCUGGGAUGUGCACUAUCAUGUACCGCCUUUGUAGACAGCCGUCAUACUGGAUAACGACGCUGCUAAUCAGUGGAGUUGGCAUGGGUCCUGUAAUAGCUCUGAAAUAUUAUCAUUCUUCAGAAGGCCGAGCAAUCACGCGGGCCUAUGUACACCCUGGUAAAUCUGGAAUCUCAACUGAGAUCAGAGAACGAUAAUUCGACCAGCUACAUGUCGACCGACGACUGGCGACGGUCAAGAAUAAGAGCUCAGUUUAUGAGCCCCUGCUGUCUGAUUCUCCUAUGGCAUCCAGGAGAUGAGGAGAUCACUAGCAUUGUCAUCAUUUGACAUCUUUCAGCCAGCUCAGUCAAGGGUUCCUGCUGCUUAUCCCAGAAAUAUUAAAACCAGUUAACCUUUGCGUGUCAUUGUAGUAGCACAGGUUAUACCCUCAACAAAGAAAAAAAUGGAAAUAGAAGUUGGUAUGAGUGGGUGCAAAGCAAACAAAUAUAAAAGGGUCACGCUUGUGCAUGUGAAGUGAAGUCUGAAGAUAAGGAGUUUGAGACGUGCACCUGCAAAAACUUAUAUUUGCAUUGUUGCAGGUGAUGAUAAAACGAUGA